GGUUCAUUACUUUCGGGAUACCUACUUUUACCCGAGAAACGUACAAUAGGCAUAAAUCACCGUGUGGCCGGUUGUAGUGAUUGUACCGCACGCCAAGCAAAGCACGAGGCGCGGAUACCCCGCAGAAAUCGCUAGUCUAAAAACCACGCACUUAAAGUGUAAACGAAGCGCUUCUGCUUGCGGAUCAACGACAGCAUCACGCAAAGUUAAUUCUUAGCUCUUUGAAGGACAGUUUACUCGAAACAAACAUGUCCCUCAACCCGACGACGGAUGACCUACGGGCAGAGAUUCGUGUGAUUCUGAAAGAUGCAAAUCUGGAGGAGACGGCCGUCAAGAAGGUGCGCCUGCAGCUGGAGCAGAAUCUAAAGUGCGAUCUGUCCGCGCGGAAAAAAGAAGUAGACAACCUCGUCAUGCAGUACGUUAACUCGCAGGCGUCCUCAGAUGGUGAGGGCGGCGAAGAAGAAGAUGAAGACGCCGAUUACGCUGACAACGGGGGCAAAAAGGGGCCCAAGAAGGUGCCCGCCAGAAAGAGCAAACCCGGCAAAAGCAGUGACUACGAAGAGGACCAGGACGAUGGUGAAGAUGAAGAGGAAGGUGAAGACGAUGACGACGACGAUGACUACUCCGAGGACGAGAAGCCAAAGGGAGGACGUAAGAGUGGCAGUGGUAAGCGUGGUACCCCUGGCAAGCGAGGUCCUACGCCGAAAAAGAAGAAGCGAACCUCGGAUAGCGAAGAAUCGGGUUCGGGUGAUGACGACGAGGACGACGAGGAAGAGGGCAGUGACGAAGACUACAGGCCCCAGAAAGGCGCAAAGGGAGCCAAAGGGGCCAAGGGAAAGAAGCGCAAGGAUAACUCGGAUUCCGAUUCCGACGAGGACUGGAAGCAAGCGAAGAAACCGAAAGCUAAAGGAAAAGCUGCGCCGGCGGGAGGAGCCAAAAAGAAACGUACUGGCUUCACUCGUCCGUACACACUGUCGGCCGAUUUGGCGGCACUGUGUGGGGCCGAAUCGUUACCGCGCCACGAAGUGGUGAAGAAGAUUUGGACCAUCAUCAAAGAACGCAACCUGUACGAUCCGAAGAACAAACAGUUUGCUAUCUGUGACGCUCAGCUGCAGAAAGUAAUCGGCGUCAAACGGUUCCGCACGUUCGGAAUGCUCAAAUAUUUAAAGCCGCACUUCACGGACUAGGACAGCGCGACUACCUGGAAGGAGCGGAAAGAAACGAUAACAUUAAUAUUAUUGAGUAAGGUAUCGGCAGCGUGUGGAACCACGGAGCCCCAUUUUUUCAAUUUCUUUCCUCGAUUAUAUUCUUCGAACGCAGCUCGGAAUCUGAAGCCGGACCGGUUUUUAACGCCGAGACGAGCAGCAUAUUGCAUACUAUUUUAGUCAAUAGCCAAUAGUCAACGCGUCAACGGCGCGGAGAAAUUCGCAUAAAACUCUAUCAUUCAAACCGCCCACCAGCGUGAUAAUAUUUUCGAAUGCGAACAAAUCGAUUAAUGAUACAAUUGUAUGAGCACACGUGGCGUGCGACGACAUCGGAGGAUUUCGCUGCUUUGUAAACGAACUGAAUGCAUCUCAAUGCAUCUCUUUCAUUGCCCGAAACAGAUCUUACAGCAAGUAUAACGAAGGUGGCCAUCUGCCAGCACACCGACGGAGAUGGAACUCAAAAAUAAUCACAAAACACAACAACCAAAUAGCCAAAUUGGAUUGAAAAACGUGUGAAAAGAGACGAACGCGGUGCAAUUCAAUGAUGAGUACACAUAAA